CAAAGCAUCUACCACGUAUAUAACAGUACAACAAGAAGAAGCAAACACGACGAAAUCUGAAAAUUUUAUUUUUGUUUUUACUUUUCUGAUAAGCAUUAGUUCAAGAAAUUGUGUGGAUAUGAAUAGGAGGAAGCAUUAUGUUCUGGUGCAUGGGGCUUGCCACGGAGCUUGGUGUUGGCACAAGCUGAAGCCACGCUUGGAAUCUGCAGGCCACAAGGUCACGGUGCUUGACCUUGCAGCUUCUGGCAUCAACAUGAAGAAACUUGAAGAUGUUGACACUUUCUCACAGUAUUCUGAGCCUUUGUUGCAUCUAAUGGCCACAAUUCCCCAAAAUGAGAAGGUAGUUCUAGUUGGUCACAGUUUUGGGGGGAUGAGCAUAGCACUUGCUAUGGACAAAUUCCCAGAAAAGGUUGUAGUUGGUGUUUUCUUAGCUGCUUUUGCUCCAGACACUGAACACAGCCCAUCUUAUGUCUUGGAACAGGACACGUCGUCUGAAGACUUGGACAAUGAAUUUGCCCCAAGUGGAAACAAAACAUCAUUUCUCUUUGGUCCCAAGUACUUGUCCAAGAAGCAAUACCAGCGCUCUCCCAUUGAGGACCUUGAAUUGGCCAAGACAUUGGUAAGGCCAUCAUCACUCUUUAUUGAAGACUUGUCUAAGCAGAAGAACUUCUCCAAACAUGGAUAUGGGUCAGUUCCACGUGCCUAUAUUGUUUGCACUGAGGACCUUGCAAUUCCAUUGGAAUUUCAGCUCUGGAUGAUUCACAAUGCUGGGAUCAAUGAAGUUUUAAAGAUCAAAGGCGCAGAUCAUGCAGCUAUGAUUAGCAAGCCUAGAGAACUAUACAAUUCUCUCCAGAAGAUAGCUACAAAAUAUGCAUAAAUCCAUGACUCUGGCUUUUGUUUACUAUAUUGUCAAUGUAUUUAAAUUAAAUUCUUAAAAUAAUUAAGAAAAAAUUAUAACGCAGUCACUAAAAGCGUUUUAUACACGUAGAAAUCAAACCUUGAAACAGAUAUAGUCAUCCUUUAGAAAUUGUCUUCGCUAAAUUAA